AUGCCGAAACUACAGUUAGCUGUCGUCGAGUCACCGCGCAUCGUGAGGCCGUCUCGACGGCGUUCGGUCCAAAACUCCCUUCGUUCUAUCUUCAUCUCCGGCAACAGCUCCCAGCUAAACAAUCAGCAUCUUCUCCCUCCCGCAUCCUCCAAAUCCCUUCAACAAAUCACAUCAAACCGGCGUUAUUUUUCUUCAGUAUCGUGUCGCCUAUAUUCUCCUCUAAUACAAAGACACGCGCAUCUCCUUCAACAAAACAGCUCUCCUAAGCCUGAAGGGAAUUCCACUUCGGCACCGAUAAGGCACAAUGGUGUCUAUGUAGCAACGUUUAAUCCAGCUCGACGAGCGUUCCAUGAAACCGCGGUUAAGAGGAAGGAUCACCAUUUUGAUACGCUUAAGGUUGUACAGCGUCUAAAGAAUGAAGGAUUCAGCGAGGAGCAAGCCGUGGCCCUGAUGAAGGUUAUGACGGAUGUUAUUGAGGAGUCAAUGCAGAACCUCACACGGGCAAUGGUAUCAAGAGAAGAUGCCGAACGUUCGACAUAUACCCAAAAAGUUGACUUUGCUAAACUUCGCUCCGAACUGUUAAAUUCAGACUCAACAGAGGCCCAACUCACCCGUUCAUCGCAUGACAAGAUUGCAGGCGACCUGGCCAAGCUUAACUCUCGAUUGCGAGACGAGAUCGGUCGUACGCAGGCCUCGGUCAGGCUAGAUCUGAACCUCGAAAAAGGGAGGAUCCGGGAAGAGUCUAAUGGGCAAGAGAUGAGGAUCAAGGAAACAGAGACCAGAAUUGAGCAGGAGGUAGCUGGUGUUAGAGAGAGAGUAGAGGCCGUAAAGUUCUCAACUCUUCAGUGGCUAAUGGGUGUAUGCACUGGUACUGCAGCUCUGAUACUAGGUGCCUGGCGUUUGUUGAUGUAG